AGAGUUCAUUCAUUGUCAGUCCUUCUCCUGUCUCUCUGGGUCCACCACUCAUUAGCUGGAGGGGAAACAUCCCAGUGUGCCACAUACCAAACCUAAUGAAGCACGAGGUCUGAGAGAGCUCCAGGAGGACUGAGCGAAAGGUGAAACCUCAGUCAUGAGAACUCCUGCUCUGUUUUGGGAAGGAGGACAACUCCUUAUGAGUCAUUAACGACCGACUAUAAACACAAAUCUGAAAUUUGUAUGUCAUAUGAUUAUCACGUCCUCACAGGUGAGUGUUGCUCAGGCUCGCGCGUGACUCAGCCAAUCAUCGCGGGACUGUCUGUUCCUAAUUCACAGCUUUCAAAACAUUCACGCGUGGGACUGUGGGCUGAGUCCAAUUACAUCAGCAGCAGCGGUCAUAAAACCGGGGAGCAGCUCGCUGGAGGUCUUUAAAACUUUAAGGAUCAACCUCUGAGUCAGACCUGGAGAGGACACGAGCUCUACUCAUGGACGUCAAACCCUCCAAAGACACGAGGACGCCGCGCGCGCUUCGGUGCAACAUUAAGGUAGGCAUCAGUCCCUCACAUACAGAGAGAGAGGAGAGCAGAGGAGGCUGCAGAGUCAGCCCACCAUAAAAUGUCUUGUUUUAACCUGCAGCACUUGUUCCCUCGUAGUUUAUGUAACUGUCGGAGCUAGAUUUAUUUUUAGAAGAUGACAUAACAUUAUCAGAUAAUAAAACAGAAGUUACAAUAUGACAAACAUGCAAACUUUAUGUUUCCUGAAGUCGCGUUCGUGUUCGUUUUUAGGGUUUGGUUUACCUUAAACAAGGCUCUGUGGAGGCAUGAGCUCACCUUCAAAACUUUUCAACAUUUCAACUGGAAUAAGCUCAUUGUCGCCACAAAUACGGCAAGAAAACUCAAGUUAAACGUGGGAAAAAUGAUUAGUUUUACUCGGGCAUCUUUCUUUGGUCAAUUUAAAGACAAAAUAACACUGUUUCACCGUCACAUUGCCAUCACUUGAGACCUUUUCUUGAAAUGCUAAUAAUAUUACAAAGAGUGAGGGUUUUUCAAACUAAUAUUAGAUAAACAAAAGUGUAUUUUAGCAAAAACUUGUCCUUGCAGCAGCAUGUAUUUCUCUGCAAAACAUUAGUAGAUAUAAUUACAUGGAAUCUAAUGUGAAAUAUUGCAUUUUUGCAUCUUAAAAUCUUUAGACAUUCAAUUUGCUAUUGAUAUAUGUUCAGUUUUAGUUGAGAAGUCAUUUCAGACUUCAUCUCAACGUGCUAGCAAAAAGCCUAUUAUUAGAGUGACUUUUCAAAACUUAUGGCAGUCUAAUAAUGUAAAAUUGAGCAAAAACUAAUAAAAUGUACUUAAGGUUUGCAGUUGACUGUAAUUCCCUGCAAAACUUGAGAUGAUGUUAAAAAACCUGAAUGUGAAAUUGUUGCAUGUUUUGCAUCUCAGAGACAUCAGAUAAUGCAACCGCAGUUAGCUGAAACCAAGAUUAUUACUGCUACUGCAUUAAUGCGUCUGCUUUUACUUUUUGCAUGGGUUCCCCUAAAACUGAAUAAAAUUGCUAAUAAGACAGAUAUGAGUUUUUCUCAAUCAAAGUUAUGCCUUAAGAAUUUAUGUUUUUAUUCACUUGUUUUUCUUUCUCAUAGAAAUGAAAAAAUUUACCAAGAAAUAGGUGAAAAAAAAGGGGAAAUUGCCAGUCAUUACUUGUGAGUCAGUGCCAGGAUUGAGCUAUCAAAACUUUAUUAUUCAUCAAAAGUCUUGAAACUGAAAGUAUUGCAUUCAGUUAGAGUCACUUCAGUCUGAAUGUUCUCCUACUGAGAAGCUUCGAACUAGGAAUUAUGAAAAACUGCAUGAUUAAGCAUGGAAAAAACUUGUUUUUUUAAAAAAAGGUUUGCAGCUCUCGAGGUUUCAUUUUGCCCCAGAAGGAUUUAAUGAAGUCAAAUAAAGUUAAAAAGGUUUUAUUUUCUGUUAUUGAAUACCUCAGAGAGUCAGUGUGUCUGUGUCCAGCUUCACCUCUGGCUCUGAUAGGAAAAGUCUCCUUGUAAAUGCUGACUAAACGGCAUUUAGUUAGAAGCUGUUGUACUUCACUGUAUGGCAGGGAUUUGAGAGAAACUGUUUGUUCUCAGGCUGUGAGUAAUAAUGGGGCACAACUCCACGUAGCUUGCAGCGAGAAAACUCAGCGAGAAAUGACUUGUCUUCAUCAUUGGUGUUGUGUGGUGUCUGUGGACUGUGACUAAUACACUUGUAUCCUGUAAGUUUUGAGGAGUGAAAGACGAAUGGCUUGAGCAACUCCUAAAUUUCCAGCUAAAGGUUUAUCUAAGAAGCUGUUUACUCUGUGCAGACUGUGGUGGGUCCAGGUACCACAAAUCUUCUCAUGUUUGUCAUUUUAAGUCUUUACUUAAAAUUCCAACUGUGUUGAAAUAGAGGUGUACAAAUAUAUGAAGGGUGGAGAUUAUAGAAAUCAUCAUGCAGACAUCUUUCACCCAACCUGCACAGCAUGAAAAUACCUGGGUUUCAAAGCCGUGUAAGUAUUUAGAUAAGGGGAGUUUUCAGAAUAAAAGCUGCAGGAUGGCCUCUCUGUGCUUUUUUUCUCCUGCACUGGUGUGAAAUCAAAGCUGAGGAGUCUUUGUUUACAGUAUCCUAAUGCCAGAACUCCUGAUUACAGUUUGCUUUCUGUCCAGAAAUUUCAACCACAACCAGAGUAAAAAAAAACUGCUCAAUCCGUUUUCACUUAAAACAAAAUCAUUGUUGAGAAAACUGUCAACGGUCGCUUCACAGGGAGGGACCAUGUCUGUCUGUCUUUUCUUGACACCGGUACAUGCUGUUCGGCGCUUUGCUCUCGUAUUUGCUCUUUCAUCAGGACAUCUUGUUUGUUUUUUUUCACAACUUUGUUCUUUUGAAAAGCUGCACCCAGUUUGCAAACUGAGUCACUCAGUUAAAAUCUCUUAAACGAUAUCUGUGCCAACUUCCGAACCAGGUUUCUGCUCAGGGGCACACAAUGUUUACAUCCUGAGCAGUCAGGGAAGAAAUGUGAGAGAGCUCUGAGCUUUCUCUUGCCUCCACACCUGAGUGCACAGCAGUGCUUGGCUGAAUCUUGGAGAUUAACACUUUUUAGCAUUUCAGCAACAGUUGGUGCUUUAUUUCAUAUUUAUUUUCAAUAUGGUACAAGAAAAUGAAUGCCACAACAGCUCCCCCAAUAUGAUACUGAAAUCUGUACAGGGUUUCCAUCAUUUUGUUAAGUUCUUAUUGGGCUAAUUCACGUUCAAGUGUUUAUAUUUUGGAUAAAUUGAGUUUUAAUCAUUGAUGUCAUGAUUGACAGCUCUGUUGACAAAUACAGACAUCUGCAGUGUGGAGGAGGAAAUAGUGGAAGAAAACGUGACAACCACUGACACAGGAGUCACCAAACAGGAGUCUGAUCCGCUUUGGACUGUUCUAGUCUGAGGGAUCCCUCAGGUUUUAACAGUGGGUUAAAUGUGUGUUUUGGUUAGCAGGAGAAAGGUGAUGUCAGGCAAGCAGGGGAGUAAAGAGUACAGGGGAAACCAUGCAGCAAAGGGUCCUGACUUGCAAUUGAACCAGCAACUGCUACAACAAAGACUUCAGCCUUACAUAGGCUGGGUGCUGAAACUGCAAGGCCAAACACUGUCUGAGCCCAGCUUCAUUUUUAUAAUGAAAGGAGAUGCUGAUGAGUUGAUCACUGAGUGCACUGGAGUUUUGCAGCUCAAGGAAGUAAAUUUAUGAUUAUUACUUCAUGAAAAUGCAAUCAGAGUUCUUGUGUAUCUUGUUUGUGCACUGCAGACGUGGUAGUUUUUCUAUCUUAGCAUCUCGGUCUGAUUGCAUAUCCAAUAAUAAUCAUAAAUAAUCAUAAAUUUUCCGCUGAUGAACGGUGGCAUAAAAAUGCGCUAACCCUUUUGUCUACAAACAAUUAUUUACUGACUCCUAAAACAACAUGUGGGGACAACCAAGAUGCCCAAAGACUUAAAAACUGGAGUGUACAUACUGAUAGGGCUGUCAAAGCUGUAACACGACAUACACUAAGACUGAAGUAGAAGGAAGACCGUGAAGCCUGCCUCUCUCCAAAGCUAACAAAAUCCACACCUCUGAAGUUCUCCAAGUAACUUUUGAAUUCUUUUGUAUUCAAUAAGAUGUUGAGGGCAGAGUAUUUCAGUUUAUGAGCUUUAGAUUUGCUGGUAGUAGCGUUUCCCAAACUUAGCAAAGCUAGUGAUGCUCAGUCUUUGGGUUAAGUGGCCUAAGCAUGAAAGUGUUUCAAUCUUGUUAUCUGAUAUCCAGAAAGGCUGCUUUAAAGGAUGUUUUCAAAAGUAACUUAAGCUCUGCUUUAAAGCAUUGAAAUUGACUCUUUGACUCUGCAGAACUUUGUUUUAUGUUUAUUACACAAUGAAGGGAGUGAUAAUACAUUUUUACUUCCCUUCAAGUACGCUGUGAGACCUCAGACUUUUUCCUCUUUUUUUCUUUUGACCAGUGUCAAGGUCAAGGUUUCCCUAGGAAAAAAAAAACAUUUCCUCUUAUAAAUCUAUGGAUAUCCAGUGUCACAUUUUCACAGCAACACGCGUCCCCAAAAUAAAAACUUUUGAAACUACAGAGUGGAUUUCCCUCUAUUCUUCCACUCACAGCAGGGUUGAAGGCUGGGACAAUAACGUCCAGACAGACGAUGUGAAGCUAUUUAAAAAAAGAUAAAUAUACACGAUUCAACCCUGAACAGAGAGAAUUCCUGAUUUAAUCUUUUAUAUUAAAAGUAGAUUAAUAAUGAAUUUUCAUUGUGAUACUUCAUAGUCUGGUGUACUGUUGGCACACAGGAUCAGUCAGGCUUUUUUCCUCACUUUAAUAUACUCUGUGAAUAUUUUGACUGAGCUUGAACAUUAUGCAACAUUUCCUGCUGAGAAAAAGUGACCUGCUGCAUUUAACCUCUGAAGGCACUUUGAAGGGCUUUCAAGUUGUGUUUAUUCUGGUGACCCACUUUGAAUGAAGUAUUUUUUUCUGGGCUGAACACUGCAGUUCCCCUGAGUCUAUUUUCCCAUUGUCAUAAAGAUGUCAGGGCUGCAUGAUGCUGGAAAAACCCAACACUUUAAUAGGUUUUCUUUCUGUAGUAUUUAUUGGGAUCUGAAAUUAGACGUUUAAAUGUGUUAAAUUAUGUAUGCAUAUGUAUAAAAAGAAAAGUGAACAAUCAUCCAAUUCAUAAUUUGAAACUUUAACUCUGCUUAUCUUCUAACAAAACAAAAGUUGUUUAUUUUUUUACUGCACCUGGAGCUGGCCCUAAACAGCAUGUCAUAUUAUAUGAUUACACUAUGAUUCUGCUGAAUCCAACAAACAUCCAAAAUAAUUUUUUUGAAUCAAUCUGAGGUGAGCUGACAGCCUGUUGAAGCCUCAUUCACUGCGUCAAAGUGGUGUAAAAGAAGGGAAAUGUACAUGCCAAGUAAGAUAACACAGAUUUUUUAAUUUAAAUAUUUAUUAUUUAAAGGAUUUUUACAAUGGCUUUAUUGCAAAUACCCUUAUCGAAAUAAAGAUUUUUUAUACUACUUUUCUUUGUUCAAGGCAAUUAUUUGCAGGAUGCAGCAUAUAAGGGAGUUGACAUGGCUAUGUAAAAUUAAUAAUUGCAGCAUAACAUGAUAAGACCUUGCCAACGCUUGUUUAUUACCAUUUACAGCCACUUAACAAACAAAAAUAUUUUAAGACUUUUUUUGAUUGAAUCUUGAUGGUUAUGGUGUACAGCUCAUGAAAAUCAAAAAGCCUCUGUCUUAAAACAUUAGAAUAUUACAAAACAAUAAUGAAUAAAAAAGGAAUAAAUAAGACAGAAACACCAACCUCCUGGAAAAUGAUGUUCAUUUAUGCACUCAGUACUUGGUUAGGGCUCCUUUAGCAUGAAUUACUGCAUCGAUGCAAUGUGGUAUUGAGUCAGUCAGCCUGGAUCUGCUGCAGUGUAAUGGAAGUCCAGGUUGCUUCUAUAGCUCCUUCAGAUAGUCUGUGUUGUUGUUCUGGUAUCUCUUGUUUUUCUCUUCAUGAUACCCCAGAGAUUCUCUUUGGGGUUCAAGUGGGGCAGGGGGGUAAUCAAGUACAGUAACGCCAGGAUCAGCAAACCACUUUCUGGUAGUUUUGGCGUCGCUGGCAGGUGACAGGUCCUGCUGAAAAAAGAAGUCUAUCUUCACAAAGCUUCUCAGUAGAUGGAAGGGUGAAGGUCUCUAAAAUCCUCUGGUAGACUUUGGGCUGCUUUAAAUCUGCACUUGAUAAAACAGAGAAAGCCACUGUUGAUAUAGGAGUAAUACUUGGCGCUGUGUGUGAUGAAGCUCAAAUAUAUUGGUUUCACUUUUUUAAUUACAUUAUGAAAAAACAUGAACUUUUUGGGAAAUUCUUGUUUAUUGAGGACUUCUAUGUAUUUUUGAUAAUCCUGCUCCAGUACCAGGCGUGAGAACAAAACAUGAUGUUUAAAAAAAAUGAUUAAAAAAAAAAACAUUUUUAAUCCUGCUUGCUAACUUACAUCCACUGCCAGUGGAGCUCUUAACAUAGACACACCUCAGGGUGAGUGCCAUAUAUAAGUCUUGUCAGCAUUAGUGCCAUUUUAAUUGGGGGUCAUGAAGAAUCAUCAGAAUAACAGUGAGACUCUUUCAAAGUCUGUUCAAACUCCUCACAGUGCCUUUAAAAUGAAUUUAGGGUCAUAAAAUAUAGCAGUCUUUGCUGUGUCCCAAACAUGAAUUAGGUGUUUUAUUGAAGUUAUUAUGUAUUUCUAUUGUAAAAGCCAGAGACUUGUCCCUGAAACAUGAGAAAUACUUCAAGCACCACCUGUGAUAAAAAUAUGGAUCUGGCUUUGUACGGUGUUACAUUGGAUUUUAAUGAAACACUCACGGAGCGCUGGCUUUUUAACUCUAAACCUUAAACAAAGAAGCUCAUUACCUGCCAGUAAAUGUCGAAAUCAUUUUGAUAAUUGAGCCCAUUUGACAUGAAAAGAUGAUAAUAUAUCAGAAAAGGGUGUAAAAGCAUCUUUUGUGUGUGCUAACAGUCGAUAAAUCCGAGCUUUAAUAGGAGAAUUAACUGUUCUGAGACAAACACAGAGUUUGUACUUCCUUAGCCAACCUGGCAGCUGGUAAACACGUUGAAAGCUGGGAUUUAUCUCUGUUUUCUCUGUAAAUUCUCUCUUAAUCUCUGCAUCUCUUCAACGUCAUUCCCGUGUUCACAGCCCUUGAAGCAAAUAAAACUCAGUACAUAGAGUCCUACGAGUGUCCAUGAACACCUCACAGCAGGAGGGGGGCUCAUCCAGAUCUGUGGAAGCUCAUCCAGCGUGACCUUGAUAUUUCCACAUUUCUGGAUACGAGAAGAAAACUCAGAGAGGAAAAAUCAUGCAAUCGCUUCGAGACCCACACAUUAUCUCCACCAGGAGCUGUGAACUGGCUGAUGGUGAUUUCAAAACCACUGAAUCACAUGUUUUAUCACUCUGUGGAGCUGAGCUGUUAAUUAUUAGGAAAGUUGAUAAAAUACUGCUUUGACAUAUAAAAACUGUUGUUUAUCUGGUUGCUUAAACUUUCACCCAAACAGUGCUUUACCAGGCGAACAAAAGAGAGAUAUUAUUUGAGAAAGUCCAUCAGUUAAAACUUUAUCCUGCAGUUUUGGGUUUACUCUUAUUGCACUGAUAGCAUUAUUUCCACACAGCUGAUCUUGAAAAUACAACCUACGCAACACAAAGAUGCAGACGGCAGUAUCAACCUUCAAACAGAUCUAUUGUUGCUAAAAGACUGUGGGUUCCUCGAUAUUUUGCAACCAAACUAAGCCAGAUAGUUCUCCAUCAUGUACCCCCACUUUUGUUAGGUAUCUUUUUGUAUCCUUGUCAUUGGUCCUCUAGUCGUAGUUUUGGAUGCAGCACUUACAUCUUUUAUAGUUUUAAUGGUAGCAUUGAACACAGCUCUUUGCAAAAUAGUCACAUUGCAAGUUGGUGUUGUACUGCUUUCACUUUCUGUUUUCUUCAUUGCCACACAGCUGACGUCUUAGCUCUGGGGUUGUUAUGCUAAUAUAACAGACUGCCCCAUGUUCAUGCUUUCACCUCUAAACCUUGUGUUCCUAUUAGGGAUAAGUAACAAACAAACAUGGCCGAAGGUAGUAAAGAAGAGGUUUCUGAGCAGCUCGUUACUGAAUGAGGCUCCAAGAUUGGGGCUUAGAUGAGCAAUCAAGUUUGUCUGACAUCGGACAGUGGAUCUGCUGCUGCAAUUCACUCAGUGCAAUAAGAGUUUUCAACAAAUGUUUAAAAUGUUUUCACAUUUAAGACUUGUUUGAUGUCAUUGAUUUUCUCCAUAACCUACCACUUAAACUUGUAGUUAAGUGUCUUAUUUGACUACUCCAACUGGUGUUCUUACACAAAAUGAGUCAAAGAUAUAGAAUGGAAUCAUAACACUUUUUAUUGGGACUUUUAUCGUUAUCACCAGAACGGCAAAUCUUAUUGUGAUACAUUUUUUAGCCCAUAUCGACCAUCCCUAGUUUCCAUAGAGAUGCCGCAGCCUGCACUACAACAGCACUUGUAGUAGUUACCAUCUUACUAAGUACAGUUAGGGUGACCAAGAACCUUAAGUGCUCAAUGUUUGCACUUGGUGAAAGUUGUGCUCAGUGAAGGCAGACAGGAUAAGAUCAUGUGUUCACAUUUUUAAACUCAAUCAAAAAAUGCAAUACAAUCAUCUCUGAUAAGGCUGCACGAUAUUGGAAAAAAAUAAUAUUGCGAUUUUUUCAACCCUGCGAUAUAUAUUGCGAUAUUAAAAAUACAGGAAUUUUCACCAGAUGACCUGAAUAGCACUUAAUGUUAUGCUGCACUGCUGAAAUCUUGAGGACAGUUAACCUGCACUGAUCUUACCUCUUUUUGUGAAUGUUAGUAGAAUGGCUUCUGUCUGUCUCAGAGAUAUUUUUUAGCUUUUAUUGUGCUGGGACGUUAUUGUGGCAACAGAUGAACACAGAACACGUGUUUUGGUCGACAUCAUCCUUCUUUUAACCGAAAAAAUUCCAGAUAACUGACUUUCCUUUUCUUUUUGGCAACAAAUCUUCAUUUUCGGUGGUUUUCGCUUGUUCGUUGUUCAUUUUGCGAUCGUUGUUAUUGUUGUUGUCAGCGGUGUUGUGCCGAGAAACGCAUGUCCUCCGAGAAUUGCAUGCACCUCGCAAAACGCGCACUGCUUAUAGUAGAGUGGUCCACGGAAAUAUACAAUUUAAAACCCAUACAGUUCUUAUUUGUUAGGCUUAAUAGUCAUGAGUAAAGUUCCGAAAGUAAUUCUCAGCGGACACACGUCUCCCUCCGGGUGCAGAACAUGUGCAGGGGUGGGUUUCCUCCUCCCUGGUUUUGAUUGACAGCUGGCAGGGUAGUCUGAUUGGCAACUGAGAAGUAAGUCUGAUUGGCAACUGAGUUAAGGACGAAGGUGAUUGGUGGAUCGCUGCAAAGCACAUGCAGAGUCACAUGGAGUGUAUCUCAGUCAGUUACCCUUGAAAUUAAAUGAGUUCAUUCACCUCCAAUAUCGCAGGCUCUGCGAUGUGACUAUCGCACACACGUACAUCGCGAUGACGAUAGUCAAACGAUAUAUCGUGCAGGCCUAAUCUCUGAUGGUAAGGAUUGGGUUUGGGAGAUCCGUAGUAUUCUUCAUAGGUUUCUGUUUUACAUCCUCUGCCAAACACAUCCCAGUUCUUUAACUCAUUGUAUCAACUGUAGCACAGUGAGUGUUGAUGACUGUAUUAUUUUGGACUGUGAAUCGGUCAAUCAUAUCAGGAUUCACACUCUGGUCGUGAGGAGAAACAAAUAUUUAGAUGCAGAAAUUGUACUGGCAUUUAUCUGAUUAACAUUCAACUCUUCACCUCAGUUAGUCCAUCUGUUCUUCUGUUUAUAACCUGAACAUUUGACACCUUCAAAUGCUUUUUCAUGUCUUAAAUUUUGUAAGAACAGCAGAGUCCAGGUCUGAACAGAUAGUGUGUGUAUUUUGUGUGAUAUGUUUGUGAAGCAGUUGUUUGCUUUUUGUACUUAGCCCCCCUCAGCUCACUGCUCAGACAUCAUUUCAGCUCUUUCACCUUCAGAAUUGUUGAACUCGACUGCUUGGACUUAAUGUUGACUCAGUUUGUCGCAAUUGCUGAAAACACAGAAAAACUGCAUUUAAGGCAAAUCCUCCGGUAUUUCUCUGCGACUUCACAUAUGAGAUGACAGUGUGGUUCCUCUAAGAUAGUCCCUUUUCCUCUGAACAGUUUCGGUGCCUCAGGAGGGGGGAUAAAACCUUUUAACCUUUGUGCUUUUUUCAGCUGUGAGAGACAUUUUGCAAAACAAUUUCUCACCAUAGUUGACAUCUUUGACUUCACCUCUUUGAAUAAUGGUAAUAGAUAGGAAUUACUUAUAAUAAGCAUUUCUUUGCUUUGUCCCUCACAGUUUCAUUUUUGAAGUUUUUUUUCCUCUGUUCUGUCUUUUUGUGCUUUUUUUCACAUGCAAGUAUCUCUGUUUUGAAGACUCAGGCCCCUUGUUCUCUCUGUAUGUCCACCUCUUCAGCUGUUUGUCCUGUGCCACGGCCUCCUGCAGUUCUCUCAGCUGCUGUACGCCGCGUACUUCAAGAGCACCAUCACCACAAUCGAGAGACGCUACGGCCUGAGCAGCUACUCCUCAGGAACCAUUUCCUCUUUGAAUGAGGUAGGAGCCAACAAAAACACGUCCACACAGUGACAGAUUUAUUCCAAGGAUAUCCAUGACAAAGGAGGAAUCAGAGAACAAGCAACAUAUCAGAAUCACACUUCCUGACAACCUGAGCCGGACUCCAGUAUUUUGAAACUGUUUUAUCACAGGAACAAAGGGUCGAGAAUAAAACAGGAAUGCACCGUACGUGCUCUUUGAGGAAGAGGCUGGAUCUUUUGGGUUCAAAUAAGAUUUAAAGAAAACACACGAAUAAAAGAUCCACAAGUAUUUUCAGGCCCUCCACAUGCAUGGUAAAGGGGCACUAGUAAAUUAUUAAUUCACCCUGUUGACUUUUGCUGCCUGCAGACUCCUUGCAUUUUCAGCAGCCCAGAUCCAUGUUGGAUCUUGUAUAAUUUACAAGAUCUGCUUUGAUUUUAUGGUAGUUUAUGAGAACAGAUGCUUUGAAACCCUGAUAAUCUCUGCGUGGUUAUUUCAAACAGGGAUAAUGUAUAGUGAGUGGGUGGGGUCUAACCCUGUCAGAGAUAAAGUUUGAAUAGAAAAAAAGAGUGUUUAGAAAUGAAGAUUCAACCUGUCCAGUUAUGAAACGAUACCCAUACAAAAUUUCAACAUCUAUACCAAUUUUUGAUAGUAAUAAUUUUAUUAUUAUUAUUAUUAUUAUUAUUAUUAUUAUUAUUAUUAUUAUUAUUAUUAUUAUUUUUAUUAUUAUUAUUAUUAUUAUUAUUAUUAUUAUUAUUGUUGUUGUUGUUGUUGUUGUUGUAAUAAUAAUAAGUAUGUAUGAUGGUGGUAAAUGUAGAGAAGUAGACAAACAUUUUGUGUAUAAUCAUGCAUACAAAGGACCAAAAUGAAUAAAUAAUGUAAUUCAGUGCAUGACCACACUUUUACCACACAUUAACCCACUCAUUACCCAGAUAUAAAACUUUAACAAGUUGACACAGAAUAUUAAUUGACGGAUGAUUUGCUGAUUAAAAUGUGUUCAUCCAGCCACAGUCAGUGCUGUUUCUAUGGCUACAGUAUCUUUUAAUUCUUGAAAUGUUAAUAUUGUAGUUACUAUAGAAUCCAGUAUGGAGGACACAGUAGUGUAUGUUUAUGAGCUAUCAGAGGGAAGAAGGUUUAAACUGUGUUGCUGCAUGAAGACAUCUACUAGGUUUAUCAAUGAGUGCUUGGAUGUGAUUGUGUAGCUCUUUCUAGUAGGCCUACUGUUACCACCACCCCGCCUGUUAGCUGCACGUUAGUUCAACGCAGCCUACAGUUUGUGAGGCUUACGCAAACUCAUUUUCUAAUACUCUCUCUGUUUAUUUGUCUCCUAGAUCAGUAACAGCAUACUGAUAGUCUUUGUGAGCUACUUUGGAAACCGGGUUCACCGUCCUCGGGUCAUUGGAGUAGGUGGACUUCUCAUGGCUGUCAGCGCCACGAUUCUGACCUUACCUCACUUCCUAUCGCAGCCCUACGAAUACGACUCCAUUUUGCACAGUAAGAAGAUUUUAAACACACUUCCAGACUGCUUCUCUAUCUCCACUGGCACUGCUGACAGCAGGGAGUGUCAUGAAUUCACAUAUCUGUGAAAUACUAAAUGAGACUUUACUUAGGAGUUUGCCACUGUAGCAUCUUUCAGCAGAAGCCCCAAAGCUCUCAGCAGGAGUUAAACAGGUACCUGCUGUUCAGCUGUCUGCUCUGUGGGGGGGUCUGGUCUGUUUUGUUUGUGCUUUCCAAGUGAAUUUUUAUUUAAGAAAGAGGAAAGUUAAUAAUCCCAUAGCACUCACUGAGAGUUAAAGAGAUUAGAGUUACUUCCAGGGAUUUAAUUUGUAAUAACAGUGGCCCUCUUCCUUCUUUUAUUUUGUUAAAAGACAGAGUACCUUGGCACACACAGAGUAUCAGUGAUGAGCCAGAGAAACAUCAGGAAAUUAAAAGUAGCUGAACAACAGCAUCCGUUGCCUCCUUGUUAUGAAUUUUGAUCUUUUUCCCUCUUCCUCCCAUCUCCAUCCAUGUUUGACCACCUCCAGAUCGUCAUGACAUCUGUAACCUGCAGGGAAACUCAAGCACAUCAGAGUCCUGCGGUCGUGAUGACAGCAGGCGCCUGACAGACACAAACAAGCUGUGGGUGCUCAUGGCCAGCGCUCAGCUGCUCUUCGGUGUGGGCUCAGUGCCAAUCCAGCCGUUUGGGAUUUCCUACAUCGAUGACUUUGCCAAACCUGGCAACUCCCCUCUUUACAUAGGUGAGUAUCACAGAGGUGGUCAUCCAGAGGUGGUCACAAACAGACUGGUAUGACUGAGAGCAUUUUAUUAUUCUUUAUUAUUCUGAUAACAGAGGUAAUAAAUCCUACUCUCAAAUCUUCCUUCAAAACACAAUAAUCUCCAUCUUCUGCUUGGGAUUUGAGUUUGAGAACUUGUGGUGGAAAUAAUAAUGUGUUUAAUUCAUAAAAGCAGAACUAUAUCUAAACUGGAUGUAAAUUUCAUGUGCCUUUUAAAGUAAAACAAAAUCAAAUAAACUUCCUCAAUAAAGAGUCUGAACAGUGCCACUGAAACUCAGCUUUACUGCUGCUUUCUCAUUCUCAGCCAUCCUGUUUGCCAUUUCUGUAUUCGGGCCAGCUGUUGGCUACCUGCUGGGCUCAGUGAUGCUGCGGAUUUAUGUGGAUGUGGACAGAACUGGUCUGGGUAAUGGCUUGCUCUUUAAGGUUAUUUUAUGGACAGUUUAAAGCUGAAAAGAUGGUUCACAGUGUGUGUCUGAUGACUGCUGCUGCCUGCAGGAGCUGAACAGGAGCUGAGACACGGAGACCCCCGCUGGGUCGGGGCCUGGUGGAUGGGUUUGCUCAUCGCCACCGGCUGCCUGGUUCUCACCUCAAUCCCUUAUUUCUUCUUCCCUCGCAGGAUGCUGACAGAGGAUAAUGUAAGUCAGAAUCUCAUUUACAAACGGCUCUAUUAAAUAAAUGAAAACUCAUCUAAGCAGCAGCAUAUAUCUCAUGUUUUACUGACACCUGCUGGCUUUGAGUGAGUGUUGCAGUUUUGAUUUACUCACUGCUCUAUUUCCAGAGUAUAAAACAAGUUUUUUCUGGUCAGAAAAUGAUUCCUGUCUCUAAGUUUCACAUACUGACAGUAAAUACACUGUAUUUCUGUAAAACUGAUUAAUACUUUGGAUGUACGAUGUGACUCAGAGCUUUUAAACAUUCCGCAGAAAAUAUGAGUCACAGAUAGGAUGAAGCUGAAUUUCAUCCCACGCGUUCUUCUUCAAUCCCACCCAGCCUGGACCAAAACCAAAAAUAUGUACAUAUGGUUGAAAAUAUAUUAGUAUUUUCCCAGAGUUUACCAAAGUCAAAACCCCUAAAAUAUCAUUUAGAUUGUGAAACGCACCUUUGUGCACACCAAAGGUAAUUAAAAUGGCAAGCUAAAAUUAGUAUUCUUGGUGUAUUAGUGUAAAAUAAAGGAUUUACUUGAGAAAUAUUUAUUUAGAAAUUCAAAGUAAGAAAUUAAUUCAUGGUUGUAAUAAGUACUAUAAAGUUUUGAUCUAAAAGUCGAAUAGAAAAAAAUAUUUUAAAAAUGGUCAUCAAAUGAGGUUUUUGUUGUAUUAAGAUGCAGCUUAUUAAUAAAAUAAAUAUACUUCUUUGAAAGAUUGUCAUUUGUGGAUGCCAGGUAGUGUGCUGAUUAGUCUUUAAGAUACAUAAGAUAUGAUGAUGAUACAUACUAUGUGAAAACAUACAAUAGAAUCAAUGUACUGCUGUGACCGUAUACUGGAAUUGAUGGUAACCAUCUUUGUUAAAAUAUAAGAUACUAAUUUUAUGCUAGAAAUGGAGGAUAGAUGAAGAGGAAGCAGCAGAUUGUCUUUGAACUAGCUCAAAGCAGCUUACCAAAAGAUGAUUCAACACCUUUACAGACUGAAAUUCUGUUAUUUUAAAUUCCUAACCCUAUUAAAUGCAACUUUAGGACUUGUGCCUCUUUGGGUUACUUAUUGAACAUUUACACUUUCUAACCUUUCUUUUAGCUGUUUUGUACAGUUCCAUUACGUACGAUCCACUGAAAGUAGCUCAUACUACAAAAUAAAAGCAGUAGUUUUUAGUUUGUAGUUUUACAGUGUAAGAAAUCAAACCACCUCAACAGCCAGAUAGAAAAAAUAUCAACAUAAAAGCAUAGCAUUCUCAUAGCAUUCUAAUUUGCAAGCAGGGCAGCGCCACCUGAAGUACAUCAAUUUUCUUGCAAUACAAAUAUUAUAAGUACUGUAGAUUUUGCAGUUAAAUAAAUUCUUCCGGGAGACCAUCACUGUAAAAGCCUCUGAUGGUCGUUCCCAGGGAGUUCCCUCUCAGGUUUACAGGUAAUUAUAAUCUUGUUCUUUGAUUAUUUCAUGUGUAAAUAAAUACUAGAUAUUAAAAAAAAGAAAUGUUGAACUGAAAGAAGUGAUUAAAUAAGUAAUAUGUAUCACCUAGGGCGUCUCUGGUAAAAGGAGGAAUUCAUUUUUGACCAAAACAAUUGCCACACUGAGAUAUGAAUGCGAGAGAAGAUGUAGGGUGUUGUUAAAUGGUUCCUUGAGUUCCUCUAUUCGCUCUGUGGUGGUGCGUCUGACUUUAAAUGUUUGCUUUUUCAGAAACACUGUGUAACGAAGAGCAUGUACGUCAGUGAGCAAAACACACAAAAAGAAAGGAAAAUGCAAAAGAAGUCUUCCAUUGUGGUUUUUGACAGCUUCAAAUGAAUUUGAAUGCAGGAACAGUGUGGAGCAAUUGCACUGAGCUGUCAAACCAGUCUAAUGUUUUCAUGUCACAUGAACACAGCCCACAGAGACAGGGAGUUAGUGCAGGAGAAUGUGGAACAAAAUGAACAGAGAGUUUGGAGGAAAAACGUCACAUUUGAACCAGUAAAUCUAGGACUGAUGUUACUCUGUUAGUCCUUCUUCUUUGAGUUAGUGAAUCAUAUAAAUUACCUCAUGUCUAUAUGAAGCUCUGCCUCUAGUGAAGUUAAUGCUGAUUAUUGUUUUGCAGGUUAAUGACAGUGACGAUGACAUGAAAGAUGACUUCAGAAAACCAGAUAUCUCUUUGCUUGAGUUCCUCAAAAGUGAGUUGUCAAAUUCAGUCUGUUUGAUUCAUACACUUCCUCAGUUUAGUCUUCUGUUGUUGUUAUGUUUUGUAACAGUUAGGAGUACAUGUUAAAAAUAGUCAUGUUUCUGUAUGUGAUGGUGUUUUGUCAAGUGUUCCCCCGGCUGUUUGUCCACCUCCUGCUGAGCCCUCUCUUCCUGACGCUGGUCCUGGCACAGUGCUGCUUCUCCUCAGUGAUCGCAGGUCUCUCCACGUUCCUCAACAAGUUUUUGGAGCGGCAGUACAGUGCUUCAGCUGCCUAUGCAAGCCUGCUAGUUGGUAUGUACUUUUGGAGUUGAUAUAUUAAGAUGGAGCGCCAGGAAAAGAUCCAAUAAUAGAUCACUACAGUACUUGUCAGUCAAUGACAGCAGCUAAAUAAUUCAAAUCAUAAUGUACAGCACAAUGUGCAUUGAGCCCAAAACAGUCUGUUUAAAUCAUUUAAUAGAUUACAAUAAAGUACAGCAGACAGCUUGCACUAUGGCUUCUUUCUGAAGAAUGAAAAGUUUGUAAGAUUAUGUAUACAGUUAGUGCUGGGGUGUAUCUUGUCUUAUAUAUUUCAGUCCAAAAGAACUGUUCACUUCAGAAAAUCUAAAGUGUUGCUUUUACAACACGUCAAUGUCGUUAGAUGACGCCAAAGCUAACUAUCUGCUACUCAUAUCAUUACUGGUGCUAAUAGAGUGUGAAAAGAAGAAGAGGAAUGGUGUGAACACAGAAAAUGAGUAAGAUAAGAAAAUAAAUAAUCAGACAUGAAAAUGAUGAGCUAUAGCUAAUAUGUGCUCUUUAAUUUUGGGUUUGUUUACUGUAUUGUUUGUUAUCCUGCAAAGCAUGCUUCCCGAUUUUAUGAGGGGCUAGAGAGAAGUGAUGUAAAGUAGAACAAGAGCUACAGUAAAAAUGAGAGAUUAUGAAAUGAGGGAUUAUGAAUUGUAGACUAAACUUGUUUGCGGUUUCCAGGUGCUGUUAAUCUGCCGGCAGUCGCAGUGGGGAUGCUGGCAGGUGGAGUCAUCAUGAAAAGGACGGGUCUCUCUCUUAAAGCAAUCCCUCGUUUCUCUGUGGUGAUGCUCACGAUCUCUACCUUGCUCUGUAUCCCUCUCUUCUUCAUGGGCUGCCCCACCCAAAAGGUCUCAGAGGUCAAUCAUGGCCAGAGUGAACCUUAUGGGUGAGUAGGAAGACAAUGACUGUAUUAAUAUGAACAGUUUAUUUUUUACCUGCAAACUUCUGUGCAAUUAUUGAUAAUAUACUGAUCCUGAAACAGCAAGAAAAAGACCUAUUUAAGACACAAAAUGUGUAAUAGGUGAUUUAGUGUUAUGGUUUGAGUAGUCAAUGCAUUCACAUGUUUUGAAGUAGAUUAUUGCUCUUUGGGCAAAACAAAAUAGUUUCAGUCAUACUCCUACAACAUUGUAUCACAUGUGUGGUUAUAUGUAAGGUAUUCGAUAUGUUUCUUUGUCGGCCCUUUUCUGUAUUAAAACAGGAGUAAAUGGGUCAGACAGAACUUGAACUUUAUUGGAAACGGGGCGUUUUGAACUUUCAAUGCUGUGUCUACCUGCAUGCUGGGUCAUGUGGAUAAACCCAUGCAUGUCUGGAUUUUUUUCUUUGAAAUUACAGGUCAUUUAGCUGAUCCUGCUUUGUUUCAGUAGGUCUUCUGUGUUUCCUGGCACUAUUUCCAGUAAAGUCUGUUCAGUUUUUCCACCCUCUUGCAUUUGUAUCCUUGUGCAUUUGCGCAAAAAAACAGCCAUCUCACUCUUUGAGACAAUGCUUUAUAGCUCAACUAGUUUUCAAAACGCCCACAGGGUGCCUUCAGUGAUCAAACAGCAAACUUUGCAAAAUGCCAUCAUGCAGAUUUAACAAUGAUGUUGAUGAAUUAGAAAUUGUUGAGACCCUAGUCUGUUCAGUCUGUAAGCAGGGAUUUAGAGUGACUUUCUUUUCUUUUAAACCUAGUUAGUAUGUUUGUGUCAGAUCUAAAACCUCCAGUGCAUGACAGAGUGAACCUUAGUGAGUUUAUCUAUAGAUGGUGUGGACCUGAGGUUGACCAAUUACAAUAAUGCUGAUACCACAUAGCUUUUUACUUUUGCAUUUGACAAGUACAUCACUUCAAUUACUGUUUUUUUUAAAUGCUGAACUUUGCGAGUAGUUGAUCAGACAGACAUUUGUGGAAAACUGUUUGGUUUAGUUGAACAGUGCCUCAAGGGACUUUUGGAGUUCUGUUUAACAGUGUCUUAUGGUUAAGAAAGGUAAAUAAUGUAAGGUAAUGUAAUCUGCCCAAUUAAAGGCAGCUGAUGAAUGCAUCAAUCCUGAGUGUGGACUAUAUUAAUUGUGUAUUUUCAUCAACUUAAAUACAGUCAGGUCAUCAUAUGCAAAUGAAAAAUAACCAACAUGAGGCCUGAGUUGGUUUCCCUUUGACUCUGUCUCUGUAGGUCUCCACUUUCGUGUUACGCCAACUGCUCGUGUCCUGCCAGUGCCUUUAACCCUGUGUGCGGCUCUGAUGGUGUGGAGUAUAUUUCACCUUGUCAUGCAGGCUGCACAAACUACAUCAAAGACCCCAACAACACCCACAGAGUUCAGGUCAGUUCCUCUUAUAAAGCAAGUGUACACGCUCAUGGUGUCCUUCCACAGUAUACUUGCAGAAAUUAAGAUUUUACCUGUGCUGAAGACAGAAGGACUUAAUUUUGAUUUAUCAUAAUAUGGUGCCAUUUUAAAGCAGACUACUAGAUGGCACAGUGUUGCCACGGAGAACAGACAGUUGUUAGGGCUACAGCAGCAGAGUCUGCUAGACUCACUGUAAUUUUAUCAAUGCAAGGACAGAAAUCCAGGUAAUUUAAGGUCAGUUUGGUCAUGUGGGAAAAACCAAGAAGAGAGACAGAAACAGAAGAGACAGGGCAGAAGAGGUUAAAGACACAAAAACUGCAGAAAUCCUUCUAUUAUCCAUGGAAAUGUUCAAUUUAAUGUGAAUAAUAUCAACUAAGUUGGCACAUUCUGGAGAGGCUACAGAGUUGCCUGCUAACAUAAAAAAACAAUGAUAAUUUAAAUUAAUAAACAAAUGGUUUAUUUUUUAAACAAGUAGCUGUGUAAUAGGUGAUUUAGUGUUAUAUGAGUGAAGUGACACAGUUCAAUCAAAGAGAUAACCUACAAAUUAUCAGUUGGUGUGAAAUGAUAUUGAUUAUGUUUAGGAGGGUGUGAGAAGACCACACUGCUCUGUGUUGAGGUCCUGCUCAUCCUGUCAAGGUUCCAAGUUAGGAAUAAUGUAUUAUGAGCAGGUGGUUAUGCAAAUGACAAUACUGACAGGGUGAGGACAAGACCACUUAUAAGACCACUACACACUAAAAACAUUGACCUAAAGAUGACUAUUGAUUUUUAAAUAAUUCCUUUACACAACUGAAAAACAGGUCCUUCACUGCUGCACAUUAAACUCACGGUGGUGCUCAACAUGUGUUAUAUCUAUGUCUUGUUGGUGCAGUUGACAGAAUUCAAAUACAGAAGAAACAAAUUUUAUAACUGGGAUAUUGUCAUUGUUAUUUCUAGGGCUUAUAGUUGAAGUUGGUUUGUUGUAAUGGACAAUUUAGAGAUGCACUCACUAGCUCUGCUGCUGUUGUUUGGAUUGAAGGACAGGAUGCUGCUUCUGGCAACAGUAAUCGACACUCUGAUCAUCUCAGUGAAAAAAAAUUGUUUUUUUUUCUUAUCCUACCAAAGAAUCUUUGAGUUGGCCUGUAAGGGUUUAACUCACCAGUGUGUGCACAAGGGGCAGAGUGCUGCAGGAAUUACAUAUUUAAUACACUGAAGAAAUCUCAGCAUCUUGUUUCACUCUCUCAGUUUCUAGAAUUGUACACAGAACAAGUCUCGUGGUUAGAAAGUGAUCUUCUAUUUUAUAUCAGCAAUGACAGAAAGUCUGUGAUACAUAACGUGCCUCAUUAGCAAAGAGUGAAAAGAGAGACUGCUUUGAAGACACCAGCAGCUCACAAUCAAUGUCGGAUCAAUGCUGAUUAGUCACAGAGCAUAUAGAAGGCGUUUCAAGGGGGACAAAUCCUCAGUAUUUAAACGUCACAGCUGGUGAGUAAUCUUCCAGUGGGAGGAUUGUGUUACUGCUAAUAGAGUAUUAGUCAGUUUGAGUCAGCAUCUAAACCUACUGUGUAACACCGCAGACCCAGACAGACACUGCUAGAAACAGCUAGCUUAGUGGAUUAAUACUGAGAAAUCAGAGGAUUAUUGUUUAUCUUUCCUGAGUACUCAAAUGUCCAAAACUGGUAUUUAAUCAGCUGCCUGGAGAAGAUCUACUCAGUACUUUCCUAACCCUUUUUUACACUUUAAUGGGGGUUAAUCAGCACCAAGGUGGAUAGUUUUGUAAACAAGUGGAAAGCAUCUUUGAAAAUGUAAUCCCUCCUGAUCAAGUCCCAUAAUUAAGAUCGUUGGCAAAAAUUUGGCCUUUUCGCCUGAACUCCAUGUAAAAAUCUUGUCUCUAUUGUUUCUUAAUAUUUCCUUUCUUUUCUUUCUUCCUGCAGAUGUAUACUAACUGUAGGUGUAUAUCUGGGAGUCAGAGCCUCGCCCACCCAUCUGCGUGUCCAAACAGCUGUCCACAUUUACUCCUACCUGUCAUACUCGUCAUCUCUCUGGCAUCACUGAUCGCCUGCCUCACUCACAACCCCAUGUACAUGAUGGUGCUCAGGUAAGGGAGGCAGACAAUCCAUCACAGCUAGAACAUGUGUUCAUUGGUGGUUUAUAUGAUAGAUUUAGAAUGGGUUCAAAAUCCAUCAUCUAUUUAAUGAUUGAACAUAAUUUUCCUCAUUCCAAGCUUGUUUUUGUAUUCAGACCUCAAACUUAAACCGGAUUACUCUAAAAAUGGCAUUGAAUGAAAAUGCUUGACUUACGUAUUGUGUGCAUUUUUGCAACAUGUUUCUAUACACACUCUGGCUAUUCUACAAAUCUUUCCAUUGGUUUCCUCAUCCAGUGUUAACCUCAGCUUUGCUCAGACUUUGAUCCUUUCUUUCAGUCUUUUAUGGCCAUUUCCUUCCCAGGCACUGCAGCAGUCAAACACUGAGCUGCUUUUGUUUUUAACAAUCUCUGCAAGGCUCCAUAAAAAAAAUCAAACACAGCAGUUAAUAAACGAGUGCAGCAGGCUUUAAUGUACUAUGAGGCAGCUGAGAAUGAAUGGAAAGCAAACAGGCCUCACUGUGGGGGACUGUUUGAGUUCAAUUUGUUUUACAUGGUUUCAUAAAGAUGCUCAAAGUGACUUAUUUACUGCCCCCCUUUAAAUCAGGGCUCUCUCAUGCAGGAUUGUUUUUUUUAAAUAACAGAAAAAUUAACCAACUAAUCAACACCACAGCUAUCAAAUACAGUGUAAAUGAAUAACACAUUCACCAAUAAUAAAUACAGAUGCUCAAUUCCUGUUUUCUUUUCAGAUCCGUGUCCUCUGAGGAAAAAUCUUUUGCUAUAGGAAUUCAGUUUCUACUCAUGAGAGUAUUGGGUAAGUCAGGACACAAAUGCUUUCAUUUGUCUCAGACUUAACUAAUUCUUGAGUUAAAGCUCCUGUGAGGAGUUUUAAUUAGCUUUAACUAUGCUUUUUUUUCAUAUGCAUAUUUCAUUUGCUAUUCAAUAGACUGAAAUUCAUAUUGAUGUCAUUUUAAGAUAUCCAAAAGCACACAAGACCAUGAUUGAUCAUUUUUGUACAGUAAUUGUAAUAUAACUGGGUAACUGUUACAAGAGGGUAGGUGACAGUGGAGCAGUCAAAGACACAGACGGAUUUUAUAUUUUCAGCCACCAAGAGUAGAGGGUGUGAGAUGAAUACAACACGUCAUGGCGAAAAUUCUCACCAGCAAUUGCUGUGACAAUCACACUGCCUUGUUUGGGUCAGAGUUUCCAAAAAUAAGUUGAAUUUCUUGGUGGAGCUGACCCCGUCUGCACAGUGGUUGAUAGCCUUGCUUUUGUGCUAGUUUUCCACCCAGUUUCCCAACAUAGGGGUCAAGCUGACUGGGAUCUCUUUUGGCACAGUAAAAUGCAAGGAGAAAAGAACUCACAAUAAAGAGUUAUGUGAUGCAAAUUCUUUAAAACACUGAAGAAAUUAUUGGUCAGUUAUGUAAUAAUGAUAAUAAUUACUUUUAUUCAGACAUACAUAUUUAUUACACUAAAAAUCUUUAAAGUAUAAUACAUUACUUGAAAAUGAGUGUGACUAAAAUUUAUGGAGUGCAAUUGAACUUCCAUCAGUAUUGGCAUCCUUAUCCUUCUGUGUUUUAUUUUUUUUAAGCAAAUGUUAAAUUACCCUUCUGUGUGUCUCAUUCCUAAAAAAGGGAUAAAAAGAUAUUAACCCUAAACCUUCAAUCUCUUUUCCCUCUCAGCCUGGCUUCCUGCACCUGCUCUAUAUGGGAUGGCCAUUGAUACGUCCUGUGUAUGGUGGAGACAUGUGUGUGGCAUGAAGUUUAGCUGUGGUUACUAUGACAACACCAUCUUGAGGAACAGGUCGGGCAAACUUUGUUUUCUCCAGUACCAAAUAUCAAACACACCCACACACCUCAGUGCUGACACUCAUUUAUCUGUCUGGCUCUGCCCCCUGAAGGUACCUGGGCUUACAGGUGGGUUAUAAGGUCAUGGGCAUCAUCCUGCUGAUGAUGCUGGGCUGGAAGGUGCAGAGGACUCAGGAGUAUACUCUGGAGAAGAGGCCUGAGGGACUGCUGUGACCACGCUGAGCGCCAAUGUUGAUCAAAGUGUCUGAAGGUGUUGUAGUGGUGUUAAACAUCUGAGACGACAAUGUGAAGAGCAAAGCUGUAGCACUGGGAGAACGCCACAGUGAGGACCGUCCAACAUCAACCGCCUAUCCUGGAGGCAAACUUUCCUACCUGGUGCUUCACUGGUUUGGAGUUAAGAUAAACAUUAAAGUAAAUGGUAUUUUGUUAGACAUAUCUGGAUGAUUUAAUGCUGAUAAUUGGAAUAGAUAAAAAAAAAAGAUACACCAAUGAAGAGAAGUCCGCUCAAACAAAUCUCCGCUGUGGUAACUCACAUUUUUAUCUUCAUCUAAGAUAAUGACAAGUCCAAUGAAAAUAAGUUAAAUAUUUUUGUGUAUCACUUUUUCCUAAAAGGUAGGAAUCUAAUCAGAUUUCUAUUUCCAAUGGGAACAUAUUCUGUAACUAAUGAACUGUAUAGCUUAAUAUUUAAGUGUAUUAUUGUAGCUUUUGUCUCAUUCACAGAGACAUCUGUGAUAAAUGUAGAACUUUUAUGUACAUGAUCACAUGUAACACUUGAUCUUUUUGUAUAGCUAAUGAAUUUUUAAAGACUAAGUGCAUUCACUUUUAAUCACAUGUAUAAUGCUAUCAAGUGGUGGGGUUGUUGCAGAAGACUGCAUAAAUGUGUAUUACUUGUUAAUACAAAUAUAAAGCACAUCAAUAAACAUUUAUGAAUUUCUGUUA